AUGAACAAUCGUUACUCAACUGUACAGCGUCCGGAAGCGGCGCUUCAGCGUGCCAAUGACUUCAUAUCUGUUGGAAAGGAAGCUGAUGCGUUAAAUGCUCUUUACGAAGUUAUCAAGGUAUUUUUUUGCUUUUUUCUUGGUUUUUAGGUACCUAUAUUGUAGAAGAUAGAUUUUUAAAGAGCCUUAUAGAAAUAUGUGGAUUUAUGGCUUUGUUCGAUUAGUAUUGGCUUAGUUAUGGUUACGUUGACAUAAAUUUAUUGCAGGAUCGCAGAUCGCGACAAUGGAGCGAAACUUACGAGGAGAUUAUGAUGAAGUACGUCGAGUUGUGCGUUAAGCUACGAAACACCGCGUUGGCCAAGGAUGGUCUGUUUCAGUAUCGUGUGUUUGCUCAACAGAUAUCUGUUACUUCUUUGAAAGCUGUGAUCGAACGCUUUUUGGGCUUGGCCGAACAGAAAACUGAAGAAGCCCAAAAGGAGUCAAUGGAACGUGUUGAGGAGAUUGACGAUUUGGACAGUGCUGAUGCUCCGGAAAAGUAAGAGGGUUUUUAUUGUUGAUAUAGCUUUUAAAAGAUGUAUUUUAUUUACUAUCUUUGUAAUGUAUCUGUUAUGAGUUCUAUUUUUUAUGAAAAACAUGUGGUAAGGUGUCUACUAUAACAUGGUAUAUAUUAUGAUAGAAACAUGUAGGUUUAAACUAAGUUAUGGUAAUUUCAGUUUGUUGUUAUCUGUUGUAUCUGGAGCCGUAACUCAAGACCGUAUGGAUCGUACCGUCCUCUCUCCAUGGCUUCGUUUCCUUUGGGAUUCCUACCGUAAUUGUCUCGACAUGCUGAGAAACAAUGUCAUCGUCGAAGAGAUCUACCAUUGGGUGGCCAGGAAGUCAUUCGAAUUCUGCGCCAAGUACAAGAGAAGAAACGAGUUCAGAAAGCUGUGUGAUCUGCUACGGAUCCACUUGGCUCAAAUUCAGAAGAGUCAAACCGUCUCCACUGAACCAAGAACCAAUGACUACAGAGUCAAGUUGAACAGCUUGGAAUCACUUCAGUUCAUGCAGGAUACUCGACUUAAUCAACUGAACACGGCCAUCACGAUGGAGUUGUGGCAAGAAGCCUACAAAUCGGCUGAGGACUUGCACAACAUUAUGCAGUUGUCUAAGGAUAAGGACCGAAGAAUGGUCAAGCCCGCUAGCUAUGUCAACUACUUUGAUAAGGUGGGUGAAGGGCUUAAAGUUUGAAUUCUUGCUGAGGCGGUGAUCAAUUUUGGUGUUUAAAAGCUAAUCUACCUCAAUUUCAGUUGGCAAUGAUCUUCUGGAAAGGUGGAAACACCUUAUUUCACGCUGCAGCCCUUCUCCAGAAGUUUAUCAUCUGCAAAGACAUGAAGAAGACAUUUACCGGUGAAGAAGCGACUGAUCAAGCCACCAGAGUUCUUUUGGCUACCUUAACCAUCCAAGAUGGAGCUGAUCAGCCCUCAACUUUGACAAAACUAUUGGAUAUUGAGGAUCAACAUCUAACCAAUAUCAGAGUCUUGUCAUCUUUGUUACGUCUACCUAUCGCACCAACUCGUUCUGGUCUUCUGAAGGAGAUUGCUUGGCUCAACAUCCCAGAAUUGGCCGUAGAACCGGUGAAGCAAAUCUACAAGAGUUUGGAGUUGGAGUUCAAGCCAUUGAGAUUGGCCAAGAACAUUCAAGCUGGCAUUGAUGAGUUGGACAAGCUAGAGAAGCCGGAAUACUCUCAAUAUGCUGACGAACUCAAGUUUGUGGUAGCCACGAAGGUCCUGAGACAGCUUUCAGUGAUCUACGGAAGCUUGUCGUUAAGCAGAUUCCAGCGGAUCAUCCCCUUCUUCUCCAGAGUCGAGUUGGAACACUUUUUGGUCGAAGGAGCUAAACAUCGGUCGAUCAAGGCUUCAGUGUCUCAUCGUGACGAUUGUGUGGUCUUCUCAGCUUUGGAUCUGACUUUGGCUGGUGGAUUGGAUGCUAGUGUUGAUGUUGAGGCGGCUAGUGUAAGUUGUACAUACUGUUUUUAAAACCUUUUUACAUUUUUAAAGUUUUUGGUAUUUAAAAUUUGCUUAUUUACUUUAAAAUUUCAAAUAAUAAUUGCUUGUUUCAGAACGGCAUCGAAUACAUCCGUGAACAUUUGAUUCAACUUCACCAGAACUGCCAGGACGCUGUUCACAAGCUAGAAGGUCACAAGGAGGAAGAAGACGUAUCGGCCAAGCUAAACGAACAAAUCAAGACCUAUUUGUACCACAAAGACGAGGACCAUAACCGCAUCCUCAUUCGUUGUCGCAAAAUCGAGGAAUACAAGGAGGUAUCCGAGAACCAUCGCCGAGAAAAGAUCCAGCUGGCUCAAGAAGAGUACCAAAAACGCGAAGAACAACGUCGCCAAGUGGAACUCAAGCGUCUGGAAGAAGAGAAUCAAGAAAACGAGAAGAAAAGACAACAGGCUGAGAAGGACGAGAUCGUACGUCGCCAGAAGGCUGAACAACUCAAACGCUUCCAAUCCAACCCCAUCUAUCAACAGAUUGUCAAGGAGAAGGGCGAGGAAGCCAUGCAAACAAUGGACCCCGAGGUCGUACUCAAAGAACAACGUGAGAGAAUGGACGUGGAACGUCGAGAACUUCAGAAUAAGCUACGACAACAAGAGAAAAAGUACGACUACAUGGUGCGAGCAUUCCACCUAGAGGAGAUCAAGCAUUACAAGAAGAUGGCCGAAGAUUUUAUGCAAAAUGCUCCACAACGGUUUGAGGAAUGCGAGGAUAGAAGAAUUGCUAAUGCUAUGUGAGUUUUUUUUUUUGGUCUAUGAUAAUAUUAUUCUUGGGCUAGAUAUGUUGUUUUUGAAAAAAUUUUCAAAUUUUUUAAAAUUAGCUUUUGUGGGGGUUUUUAUCUAUAAAUUUUAUUUUCAUGUUAUUUUUUGCUAGACAUGAGAAACGGGCCGGGCCUGAAUGUUAGGCCCGGCCCGAUCGGAAUUUUGCUCAAGACCGGCCCGUUUCUCAUGUCUAUUUUUUGCCAUUUUUAACCCAACCAAUCACCAAAAACCCUUAUUUCUAACAAAAAUCGAACUCAAAAGCCUUUCCGAAACGAAUGGGGUCAUGUGAUUGCGUAGCGCAGUGGCUUGAACUUUCGCUUUUGACUCAAAAGGUUGAAGGUUCGAAUCCGGCCAGGCGCAAUGGGCUUUGAUGUGAUCUUAACUGACACCUCUUAUGUUAGUGUAACUAGUUACACAAUGAUUCGUAUUUAGGACUGAGCCAGCUUUUACUUUUGCCGUUUUGGGGGUGUAUUUUAAAUUUUUCUAUUAGUUUUGGGAUGGGUUUUGGAAUUUUAAUGGAUUUUUUGGUGAAAUUUCUAAUUUUAAAUUUUUGGCUUUAGAGAUAGAUGUUUUGGAAUGGUGCUAUUAGUAGUAUUUUUAUAAAUUUAUUUUUUUAUUUUUAGCCAAGAACACGAGACCGCCAUCAAGACGUACGAACGCGUGAACCAAAUGCGCGAUGAUGCCAAUGCCUUCUUGGAGAAUCUGAUCGAAAGUCACGCUGACGAUCUACAACGUCGCCGCAAGGAAUGGAAAACUCGCCUCGACGAGGAGAAGAAGCGUCGUCUACUGGAGCGCCGAGAACAACGCAAACAAGACCGAAAACGUCAAGAAGUUCAGAAGAAGAAGGAGGAGGAAGAGCGAUUGAAGGAACAAGUCGAAAAGGAAAAGCUGGAGCAACAAGAGAAGGACCGCCAAGAACAUCGUCAAAUGAUGGAGCGUGUGAGGGAAAAGGAACGUGUUCAAAGCGGAUUGCCACCCAGAAGGAACGACGAUCGUCAAGGCGGCCGUUUCGACCGGGACAGGAACAACGAGGGUGAUGGUGGAAAGGUGGGUUUUGGAGACAUUUUUGGUAGAGAAUUGAGAGAAAAAUUAAUUUUUGUGUAGAAAUAUUUUUUUUUCACAAAAAUUUUUGAAAUUUCAGUACGUCCCACGCCGCGCGCGUGAAGAGAACCGCGAGCCCGUGGAGGGCGGCAACUGGCGUCGCCAGACCGAUCGUGAACCAAGAGAAUCAGUGGCUGCCACCCUCGGCGGAGACUGGCGCCGAAAAGACGCACCCGCCCCGAAACAAGAAUCCACCCCAGCCCCCACCAGAGACGGAAUUUGGCAACCCAAACGAGCCCAACAACAACAACAGAAUCAGAACUCGGAGAGACGGGACGUCUACAGACCACCGCAAAGUCGCCAAGCCAACAACAGCAACAUUUCUGGCAACUGGCGAUCCUAA